AGAAUAUGUUAUUACUGAAGCGACUCUCCGCUCCGCUCUACAACACAUGUACCAGCUACACUCAGUUAUGUACCCGCUACAUACCGGUAUGUGCACAUACCACGCCACAUUCCAGUACUCGCCACUACACCACUAACCCGCGUUACCUCCUCUCCACUAUAGACCUCAACAAGACCGCUAUCAGAGACUCUAACGGGGAACAUUCCUUCGAGAAGCUCAGUCUCCUCUCCACUGCAGUCACUGACUACGUCAGGUCGACUAGUAUACGGGGCGCGCGCGUCGCGCUACUCAUCCCUCCCUCGCUACAGUUCGCUGCGGGGAUGAUUGGAGUGAUGAACGCUAACUGUGUCCCUGUGCCACUCAACUACAAAGCAACUGACACUGAGCUGGAGUACUUGUUGAACAACAGUGAGGCGAGUGUGGUGCUAACAUCACCUGAAACAGGUGAUAUUCUCUCAGACGAGGUGACGAGUUUGUGUAUUGAGGGUGAUGAAGGUGAUGGACUCACUCCUAACGUGUCCUUCCAGGACCUCAUCGGAGGUAUCAUGGUCUACACCAGUGGAACAACAGGUAAACCCAAGGGUGUGCUAGCGGGGUGCGAGGCGUUUAAACAGUGGUACAGCGCGCUAGUGGCAGGGUGGCAGAUCACGUGUGAGGACAGUAUUCUCCACACUCUGCCCCUGUACCACGUGCACGGUAUACUGGGUAUCUUCUCGGUCCUGACCCAGGGAGGUACAGUGGAUCUGAGGAGUGGGUUUGAUAGUGAGAUGGUGUGGGGGGAGUUCCUGUCAGACUCACCACCCUCUGUUUACUACGGUGUUCCUACACAGUACAGUAAACUUAUUGAGUACUAUGACAACCACUUAGUGUCACGUGAGGAGGAGGUCCGGGCUAAGAUGCAGCGGUUACGCUUGAUGGUGAGCGGCAGUGCACCCCUUCGCGUGCCUGUUAGUGAGAAAUGGGAGCAUAUUACAGGACACCGCUUGUUAGAGAGGUACGGAAUGACAGAGAUAGGCCUAGCUAUUAGUAACCCUUACACACCCGCCUCAGACAGGAGACCAGGGUGUAUUGGGCUCCCUUUCUCUGGAGUAAAAGUACGGUUAGUAACAGAGAGUGGAGGAGUGGUGGGGACUGCAGAGGAUGGGGUGUUAGAGAGUGGGAGAGAGGGGCAACCUGGGGAGAUACAGGUUACUGGUCCCACUGUCUUCAAAGAGUACUUCAACAACCCCACCGCUACAACCGAGACCUUCACACAGGACGGGUGGUUUAAAACAGGGGACACAGCGGAGAUAGAGGGGGGAGUGUUCAAGAUCUUGGGGAGAACAAGUGUUGAUGUUAUCAAAUCAGGGGGGUAUAAACUGAGUGCUCUGGAGAUAGAGAGAGAGUUGUUGGACCAUAAUAAUAUCACAGAUGUGGCAGUUGUGGGGAUAGAGGAUGAUGUGUGGGGUCAGAAAGUGGUAGCAGUUAUUGAGAGUAAUCUUGCUAACCAGGCGGAUAUUGAUCAGUUGGAUCUCAGGGGGUGGUGUAAGGGGAGGAUGUCUACUUAUAAGGUUCCUAAAGACUUUGUUGUGGUUGAGGCGCUGCCCAGGAAUCAUAUGGGCAAGGUUAAUAAAAAGUUGCUGGUUAAGAAGUAUUCUGGUGUUUUGAGAUAAAAUGAAAGUUUGUUAUGUUAGUUUUUGUGUUUUGUUACGGUGCUGUGAUAUGAUAAUUGAGAAGUGAAUGUUACGAUUUCUAUAGGUGAAA